GUUUGUGACUAUGUUUCCAACAGGAAUGAAGCGCUUUUAAAUUUGCGAAUUGUAGUACCGAAAAACAAACGAGCUAUGUCUCAGGAGGAUAGCGAGGAGGAGAUCUGGGGGUACAGAAGUCGUUUGAAACGCGAACGGCAACAUCGACCGGAGCAGGCGGAUGGGGAGGGGGGCGUGGACCGAUACCCUCCCCCCUCUCAGGCGAAAGGAAAGGCUCGCGACAGGAAAGCCACCACUCCCAAAGGGAAAGGAAGAACUACCUCCAAGUCGCCAGGCAAGUCUCCGCGGGGCAGGCAGUCAGGAGAUAAGACGACCCCAAAGCGUGUCAUCCAUGAGGGUUUCUGCCCAAACUGCCAGAUGCCAUUCAGCCUCCUAUUGGUCCAGUCUCCACGCUGGCACGUGGCUGAGUGCAUGGAGCAACCCAUUCAGGCAGAAGGGGAAUGCCCUGCAGGCCUGUCCUGUGACUGCACCAUCCCCUCCCACUACAGGAGGUUCCAGCACACCCUGCUGGCAAUGGGGAGGGCGGGGCUGCCAGACACUGACCUGCAGGACACUCACCCGAUGCCCUCACAGGGAGAUGAAGACCAUGACAGCAAAGACACUGCCACAUCAUCUGUCACCAGUGUCUGUAUGGAACAGGGGGGUGGAAGGAAAAGGGAGCUCUCAGUCAACUCUGUGGAGGAAGUUCCUUCUCUGAAGCGUAUGAAGAAAGGCAGUAUUUCAGAAGCAGAAGUUGCUCGAACACUUUCUCAAGACGAACCAAGAAAAGGAGCGUUUUUCUUCAACAAGGCCAGAGUCUCGUCAUCAGAAGGUUUGGCUGCUAAAGAGAAAGUGUCAAAGAAAUGUUUGGGUAUGUGGAGACAAAUGUCUGAAGACAAGAUAACUGACCAAGGAAAAGUUAGUAGCACACAAGGCCGUGUACAAAAGAUGGAAGAAACAGAGGAAGCAGUGGAAAAACAGGAGAGUUUAAGUGACAUAGACAUGUUUGGAGAAGACAACAGUGAGGAUACUCCUCAAAUAAACCCAGCUAGGCCAAGUCAAGAAGAAAGUGACAGUUGCAGUGAUGAUGACAUCUUUGCCAGUCAGGAUGGUGAUGGAGAUCCUGUGAAUGAAGAGGAAUGUGGAGACAAGAAUUAUACACCUGGGUUUGAUGUUUAUUUGGAUGACUUGGUACAGGAAAUGUCUGACUGGAGAGAUGGAGAGAGUGAUGGAGAUGAUGAUCUAAAGGAGAAGGAAGAUAAAGAUAAGGAUUCUGAUUAUGCUGUAGGAGGCAGCCAAAGCUCUGCGAACAAUGUUGUUACAGAAACAUCUUCCUUCUCCCAAACCUCCAGUCAAGGAGAGGGUGGAGCUAAGAAACAGUCUAGGAUAUUCUCCUUUUUCAAACCAGUCUCAGGGAGUACUGUACCAAAAUCUGCACAGGUGAAAACUGAGGUCAAACACAAUGUAAAAGGAGGAAGGUCUACCCAAUUGGACAUUACAGGAAGUGUGGGUAAGACCCAGACAGGGACAGGGUCUGAGAUGGGCAGGACCAGGAAUUGGAAUGGAGGAGCAACAUUCUCCUACCCACGAGGAGGCUCACAGGGGGCACCAGCAGCUAAACAGUGCCCGUUUUACAAGAAAAUACCUGGAACUACAUUUGUAGUGGAUGCAUUUCGCUAUGGUACUAUCCCAGGAUGCACAGCGUAUUUCCUGAGCCAUUUUCACUAUGAUCAUUACCAGGGUCUCAGCAAGCACUUCCGACAUCCUAUCUACUCAAGCAAGGUAACCUGUAACCUUGUGAAGAAGAAGAUCCGUGUGGCAGACAGGUACCUGCAUCCCCUCGCCCUGAACACCCCCUGUGAUGUGGAGGGGGUACAAGUCACUCUGCUGGAGGCAAAUCAUUGUCCAGGUGCUGUGAUGUUCCUGUUCCAGCUGCCAGAUGGGAAGAACCUGCUGCACACAGGAGAUUUUCGAGCAGACACAUCGAUGGAGUGUUACCCUGCGCUGACUGGGUGCAAAGUUCACACACUCUACCUGGACACCACGUACUGUAACCCAGCCUACAGCUUCCCUGCUCAGAUGGAAGUGAUAGACUUUGCAGUGGGUGUGGCAGUGGAGGCAGUACAACAUAACCCCAAAACUCUCAUUGUCUGUGGCUCCUACACUAUCGGGAAGGAGAGGGUCUUCUUUGCCAUAGCCGAAGCCUUGGGCUGCAAGGUUUGUGCGACACGUGACAAGAAGAACACGCUGGACUGCCUGGACUCUGAUCAGGUGAAGCGACUGGUCACGCUGAAUGGUCGGGAAACUAGACUACAUGUUCUGCCCAUGAAGGAUCUCAAAUUCAAUAGCCUAAAGAGCUAUCUGGAGGGAUACAAGCCACACUACGACAGUGUGCUCGCCUUUCAACCAACAGGCUGGACACACAACAAUAGUGUUUCCACUGUGGCUAAUAUCAGGCCAAAGAGACAUGGCAAUAUCACCAUAUAUGGUAUUCCAUACAGUGAACAUUCCAGCUACACGGAGAUGAAGCGGUUUGUCCAGUUCCUGCAGCCAGCGAAGAUCCUGCCAACUGUCAACAACGGAUCACCCAAGUCCCGCCGUGCUAUGGAGCAGAUCUUCCAGCAGUGGGAUUCGGAGGGGAAACAGCAGUCUUUGGCAUCUUGGGUCAAAUAGAGCUACGGCUUAAUGUAGAGCAUAUUUGAUAAAGUUUCAAUAUCUUACAGCUGUAAGAAAUGAAAAUGUUAAUUUGUUUAAUUUGUGAGAGAUCUUGGAACUAUUAUACUAGUGUGUAAAAUAAAUUAAAGCUAUAAUAUGUAUUGAUACCUAUGUUGCUUAUUGUUUGAAUGUAAAGCUGUCUGCUUUGCUUGACUCUUUGUCUUUAACUCGUUCUUUCAUUUCAUUUUACGAAGUCAAGGAACAAGAAUUGUUUCGAUGUGGCUAUAAAGUUGCUUGGAAAAAGAUGCAUUGUGUAAAAAUCAUGCAGAUACAAGUUGAAAAUCAUGUAGUUAAUUAAACGAUUGGAGCAGAGGAGAUCUGGACCCAUGGUCAGAAAGGGGAUCUGAUGAUGUUAUUGAAUUACUUGUUGCACUACGUGUACAUGAUGGACUGGCUGGAAUAUUGCCCACGUCAUAAUGUUAGACACCACAAAAUUCUUUUCUAUGGAUAAUAACAUGUACACUUGUGACAUAGUCGUAGAGCAUAGCACAUGCCAACUCAGCGCGAUGUGACAAAAAACGUCGUAUAUGUGAAGUUUGUGCCUGUGCUGAAGAAACUCCUGCUGUGUAUUUCUUCCAAUUUGGGUCAACCGAUUUACUUGACCAGCUGGAAUAUUGUCCAUGUUAUACUGUUAGACAUCACAAAGUUUAUUUCUGCGGAUUUCCAUGUACACUUAUGACAUAUUAUAGCCAGUUAGCUCUCGGAAUUUUCCUUCUUUUGAAAAGAUUAAGAAGUCAACAAAGUAAUAUUGAUCAAUAACUGAAUUAAUGUUAUAUUUCAUAUUCUAAGAGCUUAAAAAAAUAAAUCAAUGUGCCAACAAAUUCAUUUGCUUUUUUUCUGUUGGAAGAAUAUGAAUGAAAUAAAUGUUG